AACCACCUGUUUCCUGCCGCAGGUUGGCCCAAGGACUGCAGUGAGAUCUCUGCGGGCAGCCCCAGCGGCGUCUACGUCAUCCAGCCCUCAGGGCUCCACCCCAUCGUGGUGUACUGCGAGAUGAACGUGACGGACGGGGGCUGGACGGUCAUCCAGAGGAACCGCCACAACACAGACAUCACCUGGGCCGAGUCCUGGAGCACCUACAAGUACGGCUUUGGGAACGUGCGCGGCGACUACUGGCUGGGCACCGAGUACAUCCACCAGAUCGCCAAGCAGAAGGUCUACCAGGUCAGGUUCGUCAUCCAGGAUGCCUCCAACAACAUCAGGUUCGCAGAGUACAACCUCUUCAGUCUGGACGAUGAGUCCCAGGGCUACCGGCUGCGGCUGGGCUCCUACGCAGGCACAGCAGGGGAUGCCAUGGACUCGGACAAUCCCAGUAACAUGCACAACAACAUG